GCCGCGGUGAUUGGCCGCUCCGCGGGCCCGGCCGGAUGUGGGCUGGCCAGCCGGGGUAUUUGAAUACUAACGGCCGCGUUGUGUUAUCCCUUCGGCGGUGAGGUUUCUGCGGUGCUGGGCAGGCGCGGUGGCCGUGCAGGUGCUUGAAGAACUGCAGGUCUCUGCCAGUCUCAGAAUGGCUGCAGGUGACUAUGAGGAAGUUCUCAAGUAUUACAAGUUAUAUGAAACAGUUGGAACAGGUGGAUUUGCAAAGGUUAAACUCGCACUACAUCGUUUUACUGGUGAAAAGGUUGCAAUAAAAAUCAUGGACAAACUAGCUCUAGGGGAUGACUUGCCUCGUGUUAAAAUAGAAAUUGAUGCCAUGAAGAGCUUAAGUCACCAACAUGUUUGCCAGCUGUAUCAUGUGAUAGAGACAUCCAAGAAAAUAUUCCUGGUCUUAGAAUAUUGUCCUGGAGGAGAGCUGUUUGAUUACAUCAUUUCUAAGGACCGCCUUUCGGAAGAGGAAGCUCGUGUAUUUUUUCGGCAGAUUGUCUCAGCAAUUGCUUAUGUUCACAGUCAGGGGUAUGCCCACAGGGAUCUCAAACCAGAAAAUUUGCUGAUUGAUGGUGAACAUAAUUUGAAGCUGACAGACUUCGGACUUUGUGCAAAGCCAAAGGGUGGCCUUGAGUAUCAUCUUAACACAUGCUGUGGAAGCCCAGCUUAUGCAGCACCAGAGCUAAUUCAAGGCAAAGCAUAUAUUGGCUCAGAGGCAGAUAUUUGGAGCAUGGGAGUACUGCUGUACGCUCUACUGUGCGGCUUUCUCCCCUUUGAUGAUGAAAACGUCAUGGCUGUCUAUAGGAAGAUAAUGACAGGAAAAUACUAUGUUCCAAAGUGGCUGUCUCCUAGCAGUACACUACUACUUCACCAAAUGCUGCAGGUGGAUCCAAAGAAGCGGAUUACAGUUAAACACUUGUUAAGUCAUCCUUGGCUUAUGCAGGGUUAUUCUGAUCCUGUUCAGUGGCAAAGCAAAUACCGACUGGGACACCUCGAUGAAGACUGCAUAACAGAGCUGUCUGCAUUUCAUAAACAGAGCAGGGAAAGUAUAUCGGAGUUAAUAUCAGAGUGGAAAUAUGACCAAAUGUCAGCAACAUAUCUCUUGCUUCAAUCCAAGAAGGCUCGUGGCAAGUGCAUUCACUUAAGGCUUCCAUCUCUAAUAAGGCAUGCCAGUACAACACAACUGGCAGGCCUGGAGCAUUCAGAGCAUGAUGCUGAACUGGAUGAUAUAGAAUUCACACUGUCAACUCCAGUGACAAGAAAAGUGGCAUCGAGGAAGCAUGAAAACAAAGAGAAUGUUGAUACAGAACCUGCUGUAAAAAGUGAAAUGCCCUUUGCACUUCCUGCUCCAAAGACUCCUUCUGCAAGGAGUAUGAAUGAGAAGCAAACACAGCCCAUACCCUUUCAGGCACGUGCUCUCAAAGAGAGCCAGUUCACUACAGUCACCCCAAUUAAGAAACCCACAAACCCAGCAAAUAUAGAUGAAUUGACAACAGCUGAGAUUCUUCCUGAAAGAAGGUGUCACUCAGUAGAACUAGAUCUCAACCUAGCUCAUGUGGAUAGCAGCCAAAAGAAGAGAAGAGCCAAGAUGUUUGGAAGUCUUGAAAGAGGAGUAGAUAAAGUGAUCACAAUGCUCACCCCAAACAAAAAGAAACGAUCCAGCACAGAUGGUCCAAGGAAAAUGAAGGCACACUGUAAUGUUACCACAACUCAGCUACUGAAUCCAGACCAGGUGUUGAAUGAAAUAAUCGCUGUCCUUCCAAUGAAAAAUGUAGAAUAUGUUCAGAAGGGUUAUAUCCUGAAAUGUCAAACACGGUCAGAUUUUGGCAAAGUUACUAUGGAGUUUGACUUAGAAGUGUGCCAGCUCAGUAAAUCUGAAGCAGUGGGUAUCAGGAGACAACGGCUUAAAGGUGAUGCUUGGGUCUACAAGAGACUAGUGGAAGACAUUUUAUCUAGCUGCAAAGUGUGACUUGCUGAUGCAUGUGCUGAGAAAGCAGAAAUUUUGUACUGCCUAAGACAUCCGAGGUUUUAAUCAUAACAUCAUUUAAAAAAAACCUGUUCAGAAAACUAAUUCUUUGUCACAUUCACAGCUAUAUUAGAAAACAAAUCUGUCAUUUCUGCCUUUUUAAUUAUCUGUCUUUGUAUAUAUGCUCUCUGUAUGUUUUCUUUUUCUUUGAGAAAUUUGAAUCUCUUUAAAAUAAAAUUCUGUAAACUGGU